AUGGAAGAAGAAACCGAUGAUAUGUCGGGAAAAGAUGGUAACGACCAUGUUCUAUCUCUGGGCUCAACAUUUCGCGAUCUUCAGACAGCAUACCUCAUCAUCAGCCUGGUACUGUCGGUAGGGUGCGGACUGCUUCUUAUUUUCUUGGUUUGGAGAAAAGACUAUUUACAAAAGCCCAGUCAUUAUUUACGUUGCAAUCUAGCGGUGGACGACAUCAUCAUCACCAGUUGCUUGAUUCCCUUCCGUAUCUACGCACUUUUCCGGCUAGAUGUUAGCGGGCAACAUGCUUGGUGUUCGGCUGUGGCAGUGAUCGUGAACCCAUGUCUGCUAUCUAUGAGCGGCACGUACCUCAUGAUGGCGAUAGAUCUGUACUAUUUUGUGUGCGAUCCCCUACACUACCAUGACAAAGUCACCACAAAACGUGUGGUUGUGGGCAUUGUGAUGAUCAGGGCCUUCUCCUUCCUCUUCGGACUAGGGCCUACGGCGUUCAGCGGACUGCCCAAAUACAGCCUGCCAUGUGAGAUUGUCCCUGCGAACAGUGCCUCCUUCUCUGCCAUUUUCAGGAACAUUAACCUCAUUGUCUUCUUACUGGUCACUUUCUUCACCCCAACGCUCUACUAUCGCGUCUUCAAGGAAGCCCGGAGACAACAGGAAAGAGAUGAGAAUCGGAACCUGUGGAUCUUUCAGAUCAAGGCAUUCAAGAUGAUGGUACCGCAGGCUGGUGUUUGGGUCAUUUCCGUAGCCACUGUCAUUUUCCGAGUGGCCCUGUCACAAAAUGUGAUUAGUAAAGAGCAGAAGUCACAAUAUGCCGUGAUGGUCGCCGAGCAUGUUUCUAUCCUCCUGUUCCUGACGGUAUCGUCCAUUGCCAACCCCAUCAUCUACAGCUUUCGGCUGCGAGAGUUCCGUCGAGCCUGUAAGGAGCUGUGCGCAUUGCCGACCAACACCCCACCUGCGGUACCGGCACCGCGGCAUGAGGACAUGGAGGUGGCCGCCAUCACCGGUCCUGGGCCAGGUGAACCUGCCACAAAACUAACACAACCUCACUCCUCUGCAGAGCCAGAGAGCCUGAAGCCUUACGACCAAGCAGAGCGGCAGACAACACAGGCAGACAUGAGAACAGGACUUGCGUCUUGUACAGAUCACCGCGACUACAAGACCGCUUCACAGCGACCAUUCCGGCUGACCGUACGGGCAGAAGUACAUGCUGAACCAACACCACGUUCCGGAGAGGACAUCGCGGAAACUCUUCCCGGACAGAUUCACUUAGAUGCAGACUCCACAGACGUCCCUACAUCGAUGGUGGAUACUGAGACCGAUGAGACAACAAUUGGGAACACUAUGGAACGAUUCGCGUUAAAGAAACCACCUGCGUGUCCGAAGAUAGGGUGGCAGGAAAAUGUAAAAGCCAAUGUGACAAAGGGCAACCCUGAAGAUGACAAGACACUGAGAGAAGAGAAAACUUCGUAA